AUGAAAAAUAACAAUUUUAUCAUGAACCUAUCUUAUCUUGAUGGAGGAGCUAUAUAUUUAAACUAAAUAUCAUAAAUAAUCUUUUUAGGUAACACAUUUUAGUAAAACUAAUCAAAGACAGGAAAUGGGGGAGCUAUUUAUUGCUUCAGUAGCGUAUUUUCUUAGUUUAAUGGCAAUGCUUUCUUUUAAAAUUCUUGUAAAUAAGGCUCAGGUGGAGCAUUAUUUUUGAAUAAUUGUGAUAUUAAAAACAUGACAAAUAAUAUUUUCAAAUAAAAUACUGCUCAAAUAGGAGGUGCUUUUAGAUAUUAAGGCAUAUAACCAUAUGUCUUAUAAAAAACAAAUGUGAGCCGAAAGAUACUUACCUAAAAUUAAAAUUCUUUUAUUAAAAACUAUGCAUAGCUAUAUGGAAAAAAUAUAGGCUCUUAUCCAUUUUAUUUAGAUGUUAAAAAUUAAAUGUAAGAUGACUUAAAGAUCUAAAAUGCUAAAUUAGAAAAUUUAUAAAGUGGUAGCACAUCUUCUUCACCUAUAUUAAUGAGAUUAAUUGAUGAAGAAAUGAGAGAAGUUAGUUUUUUUAAAAAUACAAAUUAGAUAAAUUAAGAUAUCCUGAUUGAAUUUGGUAACUAUUUACUUGAAUUGUAAAGUUAAGAAGUUGGGCUUUAAGGUGAUCUCAGAUAGAAUUAUAACUUUGAUUAAUUUGGUUUCAUUUUUAAUGUAUCCUAUUCUUAUCAGCCUAAUGCUAACUCCUCUAUUAUUGUUAAAACAAUUAACCCUAUCCCUAUUUUAAAUGCCACAACUUUUAAUUUCAACUAUCAAGAGCUAAGUAUUUCUAUUGAUGUUAACUUUAGGGAGUGUUAGUAAGGAGAAAUUUUACAAACUUUGGAGAAGUAUAAAAUAUGUUAUACUUGUUAAUAAGGUAAUUAUUGUUUACAAGAUCCAAAUUAAUUUGAAAAUUUACAGUGUCUCAAAUGCCCUAUAGGUUCUAAAAAUUGUUAAUCCAAUAUCAUACAGUUAUAAAAUGGGUAUUGGAGUAAGAACUAGCAUUCAGACUAAAUUUACUAAUGUAUAAACCCAGAAUUUUGUAUCUCAGAAGACCCUUCAAAUAAAUUUGGAUGCUAAAUAGGACAUGUAGGAGCUAUUUGUGAAUCUUGUGAUUCUUAAGGAAUUGUUUGGGGAUCAAAAUAUGGAAGAAGUAAUGGUGGAAUUUAAUGCUAAGAAUGCUCGAAGCAGAAUUAAACUUAAUCUAUCCUAAUUCUAUUUUUGCUUAUGAUAAUAAUUUGCGUUUAUUUAAUCUUCUAAAUUUAAAGAUAGCUGAUAUUAAUAGAAAAAAAAAUGCAAUGGUUUUAUUUGAGAAAACUUAAAAUAAUUUUGCUUUUAAAUCAUAACAUAAAUAGUGCUUCUUCUUAUAUCAAAAUUCUUAUAAAUUAUUUAUAGUUUCUAGCAUUAAUAAAUAACUUAGGCAUAUAGACUCAAUAAUUUAUAUCUGUUGCUGAAUUCGGAGGUGGUGAUCCUGUAUAGCAUACAGUUUAUAAUUUAGAUUGUAUAUUUAGUAGCUAUGAUAUCUAAAUUCCUUUGUAUGCUAUGAGAGUUAUAUUUAUCAAUUCCUAAAUAAUUACCAUAUAUUUGUUGAUUUAGUUAGUAAAAUCCCUCACAAAAAUGUUUAAGAUGAUAGAUGACUUUUCAUUUUUUAUUUCUUCAUUCAUAUUAAUAUACCUAUUUUUUAGUUCUUCCGUAAUUAAAGUAUUGAUAUAGUCUUCAUCUUGCAGAGAUAUGGGAGACAAUCUAUAUAUCAUUACUGAAAUGCAGGAUGUAUGCUACACAUAAUAACACAUUAAAAUAAUACUAUUUUUAAUAGGUCCACUGCUUUUUAUAUGGUUCUUUUUAAUCCCUACAUCAUUUUAUAUUAUUUUAUACAGAAAUAGAUAAAAAUUAUAAAGCUUGCUUUUUAUGAAGAAGUAUGGUCUUUUGUACUAGGUAAAUAGUUUUUUUAUAAAGCAAAAGCAUUUUUUUUAAAUAAAUUUUUUUUAUAUCAAUAGGAAUAUAAAGUAAAGUCUUAUUAUUGGGAUUUAACUAGAAAUCAAGCAAGGGCAUCUCUUGUUAUAUUUCUAAAUUUAAUUAGGACUUCACCAUAGCUAAAAGCUUCACUCUUAUUAUUUUUUAUGUUUAUUUAUCUAUUAUCUUUGA